CUGGAGCAGGAGAGGAAGAGGCUGCAGCUCAGCGUGGACAAGAUGGAGGAGAUCGCCAAACGCAAGGGCUCCGAGUCCAGGAGCCCCCCCUCUGAGCAGGAGACCGCCGACCUCGCCUACAACAACCUCAAGAGGCAGGAGCUGGAAACGGAGAACAAGAAGCUGAAGAACGACCUGAACGAGCUGAGGAAGACCGUCUCAGAGCGCGCCGCUCAGAACAACUUGUCCAACGAGCUGCAGGACAGCUACAACCUGCUGCUCAGCCAGCUCCGGUCGGCCAACGAGGAGCUGGACGCCCGCAAGGAGGAGGUGCUGAUCCUGCGCACGCAGAUCGUCAGCGCCGCGCAGCUGCACGACAACAACCACCACGUGGAUAAAGUUCCAGAGCUGGACAACAGCAGAGAGCCCGUGGACAAAGAUGAGGCUCUGAAGGACGAUCACGGACUCUUUGAGUCCAAAAA